AGGAGAAAGGCUAUAAUUUAAUAGAUACAAUGAAGAGUUUUUGCUCCAAAACUUAUUUCUUUUUAUUGAUUACUCUCAUUUUAAGUAGUAUGUACUAUUCUGAAGCUCAACAGUGUCGUCCAAGUGGUAGAAUCCAAGGAAAACAAGCUCCACCUGGACAAUGCAACACAGAGAAUGAUUCUGAUUGUUGGGUGCAAGGAAAAAUGUACACAACUUAUGAAUGUUCACCAUCGGUGUCUACUUACACCAAUGCAUAUCUCACACUUAAUAGUUUUGAAAAAGGUGGUGAUGGAGGUGGCCCUUCAGAAUGUGAUAAUGAAUACCAUUCUGAUGAUACUCCAGUUGUUGCACUUUCUACUGGAUGGUUUGAUAAGAAGAGUAGAUGUCUCCACAACAUUACUAUAAGUGCAAAUGGGAAAAGUGUGGUGGCUAUGGUGGUUGAUGAGUGUGACUCUAGAAUGGGAUGUGAUGCAGAUCAUGAUUACCAACCACCAUGUGGAAACAACAUAGUGGAUGCCUCUAAGGCUGUAUGGGAAGCCUUGGGUGUGCCUCUUAAUCAAUGGGGUGGUCUUGAUAUAACAUGGUCAGAUGCUUGAUAUAGCUCUAGGAUGAAUUUGUGUUUUUUCAUGCAUUGUAAUUUAAGAGAUUUUCUGUACUUUUUCAUUUCAUAUAUAUGUUAUGAUCCUUUUAUUGUAAAUUAUGAAAUUUUAAUGACAAUGUUUUUAUACUAUCUAUCUAUUUAUAAUAAUUUAUUAAAA